AUGAAAGUAGGCUCUGAGGGCGACAUCACAAGCUCUGAGGGCCAUAUCCCAGGCUCUGAGAACAUCACAGGCUCUGAGGGCCAUAUCACAGGCUCUGAGAACAUCACAGGCUCUGAGGGCCAUAUCCCAGGCUCUGAGAACAUCACAGGCUCUGAGGGCCAUAUCACAGGCUCUGGGAACAUCACAGGCUCUGAGGGCCAUAUCCCAGGCUCUGAGAACAUCACAGGCUCUAAGGGCCACAUCACAGGCUCUGAGAACAUCACAGGCUCUGAGGGCCAUAUCACAGGCUCUGAGAACAUCACAGGCUCUGAGGGCCAUAUCACAGGCUCUGGGAACAUCACAGGCUCUGAGGGCCAUAUCCCAGGCUCUGAGAACAUCACAGGCUCUGAGGGCCAUAUCACAGGCUCUGAGAACAUCACAGGCUCUAAGGGCCAUAUCACAGGCUCUGAGAACAUCACAGGCUCUGAGGGCCAUAUCACAGGCUCUGAGAACAUCACAGGCUCUGAGGGCCAUAUCACAGGCUCUGAGAACAUCACAGGCUCUGAGGGCCAUAUCCCAGGCUCUGAGAACAUCACAGGCUCUGAGGGCCAUAUCAAAGGCUCUGACAACAUCACAGGCCCUGAGGGCAAUAUCACAGGCUCUGAGAACAUCACAGGCUAUGAGGGCCAUAUCAGAGGCUCUGAGGGCCACAUCACAGGCAUUGCUCUGAUGGCCACAUCACAGGCUUUGAGGGCCAUAUUACAGCCUAUGAGAAGACCCAUCAAAGACUCUAAGGACCAUGUCACAGGCUCUGAGGACAUCACAGGCUCUGAGGGCCAUAUCACAGGCUCUGAGGGCCAUAUCAGAGGCUCUGAGGGCCACAUCACAGGCAUUGUAGUUCACAUUACAUGUUCUGAGGGUCACGUCACAGGCUCUGAGGACAUCACAGGCUCUGAGGACAUCACAGGCUCUGAGGCCCACAUCACAGGCAUUGAGGUUCACAUAACAUGUUUUGAGGGCAACAUCAUUGGCUCUAAGGAUCAUAUAAAAGGCUUUGAGGGCAACAUCACAGACUUUAAGGGCCAUAUCAUAGGAUUUGAGGGCCAAAUUAAAGGCUCUGAGGGCCACAUCACAGGAUUUGAGGGCCAAAUUAAAGGCUCUGAUGGCCACAUCACAGGCUUUGAGGACCACAUUACUGGCUUUGAGGACCACAUCACAGGCUUUGAGGACCACAUCACUGGCUUUGAGGACCACAUCACAGGCUUUGAGGACCACAUUACUGGCUUUGAGGACCACAUCACAGGCCUUGAUGGCCAUAUCACAGGCUCUGAGGGCCACAUCACAGGCUUUGAGGACCACAUUACUGGCUUUGAGGACCACAUCACAGGCUUUGAGGGCCACAUCACUGGCUCUGAGGGCCACAUCACAGGCUCUGAGGGCCACAUCACUGGCUUUGAUGGCCACAUUACAGGCUCUGAGGGCCACAUCACUGGCUUUGAGGACCACAUCACUGGCUCUGAGGGCUACAAAAGCAUGGAUAGUGCCAAUGGCACAAUUGAGGACUGCAAGAGGAAAAAGUAA